AUGCCAAGGAGACGAAACGGUGAGAUACCCUUGCCCGACGGAUGGGAUUAUGCGAGGGACUUUGACGGAAAGUUAUAUUUCAUCGACCACAACAAUAGAAAAACGACGUGGAUCGACCCGCGAGACAGAUACACAAAGCCUCAAACAUUCGCGGACUGCAUCGGCAAUGAGCUGCCUCUGGGCUGGGAGGAAGCCUACGAUCCGCAGAUCGGGCCUUACUAUAUUAACCAUCUCAAUCAGGUGACGCAAAUCGAGGACCCGAGGCUAGAAUGGCUCAGCAUACAAGAGGCGAUGCUGAGGGAAUACCUUCAUACAGCGCAGGAGGCGCUCGAUGCCAAGAGGGAGAUGUACGAUGUCAAGAAGCAGAGGCUGUGCCUCGCUCAAGACGAGUACAAACAUUUGAACAACGCUCUAUCUACCCUCGCUGCCUCCAGGACGAGCUUGUGCUCGUCAACGACGUCUAUGACAACGACGUCAACGACGUCACGUCAUGACCCAGAUGUACUUCGUGCGGAGGUGUCGCAGGCGAGAGGAAGAGUCGCGCAACUUCGUAAGGAGCUGCGACAGGCGCGGGCAGAAGUAGCCAGCGCUCGCCGUGGUGUCGACACCCUCGCCGAAGUGGAGCAAAAACUAAGCGCGCAACAGGGUUGCUAUAAUAUUACCGAAGCCCAGGCUAUCAUGACUGAGCUGAAAAAUAUUCAAAAAUCUCUAACCUCCGGCGAAAAGGAAAAAGCCGAUCUCAUGCAGUCAUUAGCCAAGCUCAAAGAUGACCUUACACGACUGCAAUUGGGUGAAGCCUCCCCAGACCUCUCAACCCUGAGUCUUCCUCAAGAGAAACUAAGCACUGCCUCACAAACCGAUUUAUGCGCUGACUUAGUACCAAUCGGUACCAGGUUAGCAGAAAUGGCGCGGGUACGCCUACAAUAUGACGAAGCUAGGAAGCGAAUACAGCAAAUCCAGCAACAGCUAGCCGAUUUAGAAGAUAAAGUGCAACCAGGACAAGCGGAAUCCGACAAGGACCGUCUCCUGUUGUUUCAGGAAAAGGAGCAGUUGUUAAGGGAACUUAGGAGUAUAACUCCAAGGACGAGAUCGAAACAAGAGAUGAGCGACAUCCAAACGGAGUGCAAGAAACUCGAGCAGGACUUGAAGAAUGCCUUCGAAAUGUCGAACAAAUGUAUAGCGGAUAGACUGAAACUACAUGAAGAGAAGCAGUUGUUACUUCAGCAGUUGAAAGACGCGUUAACUUCUAUGACGACUCUAGAAGGGCAACUGAAGACUCUGUCAGCAAGUACUCUGUCAGUGUCGAGUAGUUCGAGCUUAGGGUCUUUAUCUACUGCGAGUAGUAAAGGGUCCUUGAGUUCGGGAAUCAGCUUUACGGAUAUCUAUGGAGGACCGCAGAUAGCGAGUUCAUUACAAACCGACAAGCCUAUCGAUAUGGUUGAUCUACACAGGAGAGUAGAAAGGCUACUCCGUGGUACAAGCUACAACGCAGACAGCAUAACCCCAGGAACAAGUAGUUCUCCUUCCCAGCCUUCGUUAUCGCCAAGAAGUAGCCUUUCUUCUGCCAGCCCACCACCUCCGCCACCGUCUUACAACCAGGUUGAAAGACAAAGGCGGCAGCAGAGAGAGCUGGAGGAGAAGUUAGCCGAAAUGAGGAUAGGAGUCGCCACGGGACUCAAUGAAGUUACAGGACUUGCCACAAUCCCAGUACAAUUGCAAGGCCCAGGGCGGCCUUGUGAGCCUUUGUCGCCCAUAUCGGAAACACCACCGCCACCACUCUCACCUAGAACUCCCUCAUCUAGUGGUACAAAUACUAGAUCAGUGUCAGCUGCAGUGAGUGAUGAGUCGGUGGCGGGCGACUCCGGUGUGUUUGAGGCGGCGCAAGGCGGAGACGCUUCUAACGCAGUUAACAGUGCACAAAUUGAAAUCAAAUUGCGCUACUGUCCCGACGAGAGUGCGUUAGAGAUUGGAAUCCUUAGGGCGCGGAAUUUGCACGCGUUGUACAUCGACAUGGGCACCGAAGUUGCGGUGCGUGGAGCGCUAGUGGUGGGCGGCGGGCGCGGCGUGGCGUUCAGCACUGCAGCGCUUGCGUGGCGAGGCGCAGCUCUAGCCUGGCGUCGGGUGCAGCGGGCUGCACUUGGCCCGCGAGCGCUGCGAGCCGCUACCUUGCAGCUAAACCUUGCCGCCGGCGCCGAGUGCUUGGGUUGCGCCCAAGUCAGCUUGGCAGACUUUGACCCAGAUACUGUAUCUCAAAAGUGGUACAACGUGCUCAGCUUCCGAAGUAUGAGGCGGGACGAGAGUUCAGAUGAAUCCACAGUCAUUUCCUCGCAAACGUCAACACUCACAAGAAAUAGAGGUCCUGAGAGUAUGACCGGAGCGGAUUGCAACGUUGAUUGUGGAGACAAUUCUGCAUCAGAGGACGAAGAAUCUCGAGAACCACUUAAUCAGAUAGUGGAAGAGGAUUCUUUUGAGGAUUACAUUCCCGAGGAAGAUAUAGCUUUGGAAGAAGACGAAGAAUAUCUACACCCCACCACCGCGGAAAAGGAGACGAAUACAGAGUGUAACUUCUGCCCAGAGGGAGCGAGACAGCUGCAUAGACGAAAAAGUCAACAAGCAAAUGCGAGUAGUGAAGAGCCUCUAGCGACGAUAAAAAGGUCACAGACAUUCUCACCACAACCACAGAGCAUCGGCAAAGGGAAAUAUAUUUGCAGAUUGAACCGUUCCGAGUCUGACUCGUCGAUGGUGCAGUACGCUCGAAGGUUCACAUUACAACCUCCUCCCACUACCGGUAUACCGUUUGACAGAAGUGUUCGUGAGCGUAGAUCUCUUAGGUGGGGUCGCGUGAAGGGCGGGCGCGGGGCGCGCGGCAGCCACGGCGGGGCGCGCCGCUCGACGCGCACGUCGCUGGACCUGGCGCUCGACCUGCAGGCGCAGCACACGCGCCUCGAGGACCUGCGGAGCGAGAUCGCUACGCUUGCGCACCUUAAAAAGCGGUUGGAAGAGGCAUGCAGCCGCGGCGACACGGCGGUCGCGGCGUGGGUGUCACGCGACGAGACGCUGCGGCGGCUGGUGAGCGGCGCGCCCGAGCCGCCGCGACUCAUGCACCGCACCGCGCGCGAGAUCUACCGCCUGCGCCGCGCGCGCAGACCCGACCUCGUCACCUUCAAAGAAAAAAUGGCGUUCUUCACGCGGACAAAAACGAUAAUUCCCGUCCCGCCGGAUGAAGAAGGUGACAUCUCUGAAGAUGACUGGGAGGAAGACCUCGAAGAGCGGAGGACCCCCGACGGCAGAUCUUCUAAGACAUCGUAUGAAUUGAGGCGGGAUACAACCAACCAAACCUCGCCCGAGACUGUUGCAAACCAAUUGGAACAGGUCGUAGAGUGCAAAAAUCCCUGUUUGAACCCUGAACCGUGCUUCGAGAACCUUCCGAAGAGAAGUGAUGAAUUGAAAAUAACAGAAGCAACGGAGAACGAAGCGAAGACUGAAGAUGUAAGAUAUGAUUUCGUCGUUGACAGAGUACUGGGUGUUCAGGUUUGA